AACCAAUCGGCUACAUGAAGGGGCGUGGCCUGAGUUACCUGUGAUGAAGACAACUGCCUGCUCGCGCUGAGUAGAUGAUGUGAAAUCAGAUCGAUGAGCAAACAGGUGUUGAACAGAACGGCUUUGUCUUUGCGCCUUCCUCUGGAAAAAUAACGCUUAAGCGUGUACCUGCUGUCAUACAACCAAUUAUUGCUGUCAAUCUGAGGCAUGCUGAGCUUAUAAAGCCUUUGCUCUAAGAAUAACCGCGUCCCUCGACCUGUCCUCCCCCCCGCUGCACUUCUCAGCUAGGAUGGCUGCCGACUCCACCAUGAGAUCUGAAGUGGAGGAGCUGCAGAGGAGGGCCAAUCAGGUGACAGAUGAGUCCCUUGAGAUUACUAGAAACAUGAGGCUCCUGUUGGAGGAGAGUAAAGAUGCAGGGAUCAGGACACUUGUUAUGCUGGACGAGCAGGGAGAACAACUGGACCGCAUAGAAGAGGGCCUGGAUCAGAUCAACAAGGACAUGAAGGAGGCUGAGAAAAAUCUCACUGACAUGGCCAGGUGUUGCGGUCUGUGCAUCUGGCCAUGUACAAAACUGAAGGACUUUGAAGCAAGUGGGGCAUAUAAGAAGGUUUGGGGUAAUAAUCAAGAUGGGGUGGUGUCCAGCCAGCCUUCUUCUCGAGUCGUGGAUGAGAGGGAGAAGAUGACCAUGAGCGGUGGAUAUAUUAGAAGAGUGACAAACGAUGCUAGGGAGGAUGAAAUGGAGGAAAACUUGGCACAGGUUGGCAGUAUCCUUGGCAACCUCAGAAGCAUGGCACUUGACAUGGGCAAUGAAAUCGACACUCAGAACGUCCAGAUUGAACGCAUUCAGAGCAAGGCCAUGGUUAACGAAUCCCGCAUCAAUGAGGCCAAUCAGAGGGCCACAAAGCUAAUAUCAAGAUAAAAACAUUGGAUUUUCCUUUGUGAAACGUUUACUGUCUUCUGUAGGAAAGUGUGUGCGCAUUGAUACAAAUUAAGUUUUAUCUUUUAAAUGACUAUUUACAAAACUUGGAUUAUUGCCUAUAUGAGAGUAAGUUAUGUUUCAACAACAGCUCUUCAAUACAAGAAAAAAAUGAAUGUUAAUAGUCUGUGCUGUAAUUGUAAUUUAAGCAUGUAUUGUACAGUAUAGGCUACAAAAAAACAUCUUUUAGACUAUCUUAGUUUUUUUUUAAGCCUGCAGAACACUUUCCAUGGCCGAUAACAGCUCACUAUUCAGACAAAGCAGUGUCUUAAAGUUGUAUUGGUAAAUGUAACAUCUUUGUCUACCUGAGUAGCUUUUUAAAAAAUAAAUCCAAUUUUAAAGUUCAAGGGUUCGUUCCCAUGAUGAACAAAAUGCUUUUUUUCCCUGCUAUACACGGACCACUGGGUUCUACAAAUAAUCUUUCUUUUUAUUUUAAAACUAAAACUAUAUAUUUUUUGUCAUUCUGUGGAGCUGGCAACCUAAACGCCGUCUUGAUUGUCUUUUUUUUCUUUUAUGAAAUAAAACUGAAGGUUACUCGGUGUGGGACGUUUUAUCAACUAACUAAACCAAAGUCAGCCAAUUGUGAGUUUAAACGCACGAAGUUGAAUAAAUUAGAGUUUUAA